AACGGUCACAUUAUCGGCUGACAAUUUUUCAAUUGGAGAAAAAAAAACCAAAUUGGACUGAAGAAUGUGCUUAAAGUUACUUAUUUUCACGGGGCUCCUCGCCCUGGUGGCCUCCGAAGUUGUCAUCGGCCAGGAUGAACUGGUGGACGAGGUCUCCGGCCUGUACACAAUCGAGGGCCGGGUCUCGCCGCCCGAUUCCAUUUAUCCACCUGCCCCAGGAGGACGAGGUGCUCCGGUGAACAAGGAUGCCCUCAAGUGGCAAACGGAGGUCACGCUCUCCAUCAACGACGGCGAGUUCAAGGGAUUCGUCCGCGAGGAUGGCCAGUUCAUGAUCAGCGGCGUGCCCUCCGGCAGCUAUAUCCUGGAUGUCCACCACCCAGAUGUGUUCUAUGAGCCGGUGCGCGUCGAGAUCAAUCCGAAGGGAAAGUUCCGCGCCCGGAAAGUGAACUUUGUCCAGCCGGCGCAAAUCAUGCAGGUGCCCUAUCCAUUGCGCGUAAAGCCACUGAUGCCUUUUAAGUACUUCCAGACCAGGGAGCAGUGGAAGAUCACCGACUUCCUGUUCAGCCCCAUGGUCCUGAUGAUGGUUCUCCCACUGCUGCUCAUGCUGGUGCUGCCCAAGAUGAUCAACGAUCCCGAGACCAAGAAGGAGAUCGACAAUCUGCAGUUCCCCAAGAUGGGCAACGACAUGCCCGAGAUCAGCGAAAUGCUGACUUCCCUGCUGACGGGCAAACAGCCCGAGCCCAAGGAGAAGAAGCCCGCUCCGGCCGUCAGGCAGGCCAAAAAGCGCAAGGAGUAGUAGCUGGUCACCAGUUUUCCUUUAGCCAUAAGCCUAAAGAGAGCUUCAAGAGCUCAAAAGUCAGAGUCAUUUCGAGUAAAUAGUAAAUUUUCAUUAUAA